CUGAUUAUAUAACUUUUAAGUUAAAUAAGAAUUCUGAAAACCCUAAUCAUUCGGCUUCACCAUUCAAACACAAACACAAACAACAAACAAAAUCUCAAUUUCUUUUUUUGUUUUAAAAAAGAAAGAAAUCCGAAAGCAGAAGAAAACAAACUCUGCGAAAAAGGUUGGUAGAAUCUUGUCGGUAUUUUAAUUUAGCCAUCAUGAGAUUCAAGGCAGGUAUGAAAGUGGAGGUAUUAAGCAAAACGGAGGUUGCAACGGGUUCUUGGCUUUGUGCCGAGAUAAUCUCUGGGAAUGGGCACACGUACAGUGUGAAGUAUGGCUGGUUUCCAAUGAAUAAUGAUGCAGAGGCAGUUGUGGAGAGGGUGCCUAGGAAGGCAAUUAGGCCUUGCUCGCCACCGAUGGCGGGGGAUGAUCAUUGGGUCCCUGGGGAUCUUGUUGAAGUGUUCCACAAUUCUGCUUGGAAGACAGCAAUAGUAAUGGAAGUUAUGGGUGAUAAAAGCUUUUUUGUUAGGUUACUUGGAUUGUGUGGAGAAUUCAUUGUCCAUAAAUCUCAUUUAAGAGUUCGACAGUGCUGGCAAGAUGGCAAAUGGAUUGUCAUGAGGAAGGGUUUGGAGAAUUAUUGUGUGCCUAUGGGAAAAGGACUACCGGAUACAGGGAUACACCUGGCUGCUGACGAUGAUUGCUUUCCAGUGGAGAAAAUUUUUGAAGUGCGAAGGCGCCCUAUGGUUUCCUCUAGAACAUUGAAGAGAAGGUCAACAUUUGGCAGUGAUCUUGAAACAUAUCCAGUUACUGCUCAAAAGAAGAGACUGAUUGAAAAAAAUGGUAGUCAUGAACAAAUUUGUUCAGCUUAUCCAUCUCCUACUUUUGAAAAGGUAGACACGCUUAUUUAUCCAAAUGAAAUAUUGGGUGAGAAUUAUGUGCACUCUUCCUUUCAUGUUGGAAAAGUUGAGCUCUCUAAAAUGGAUGUAGGUAGGAAUAAUGAUGGUAGUCUUGUAGAAUCCUCAAUAUCUGUUGACACUGAUAGUUGUAUGUCCUCCGUUGGUAGUUGUAGUGCUGUAGGCAGCUAUGGUCACAACUUGCCUUGUCCAAACCUAUGUGAUAAAAAUUUAGAGGAUUUGCAUAGUGAUGCUGAAUCAUCAAAUGGAUCAGAAUAUGAGAUAAAAGAUUCCCCAUCCUAUGAUGAGAAAUUUGGAGUUGAAGUGCAUAGGUCAAAAUUACAUGCCUAUUGUUCUACUGUUGAGGCAUUGUAUAGUGCAGGGCCUUUGAGUUGGGAAGAUGAAGAAAAUUUGACAAGCCUACGUGAUGAGCUCCACAUUUCAGAUGAUGAACACUUGAUGGUGUUAAGAAAUUUGACAUCUGUUAAUAGUAGGAUUGUUAGUAGGUGAUUUUAGGAUUUUGUCCAUCACCCAAACAUUAUACUGUAACUUUUCUUUGACAAUGCGUUGUAGAGUCCAUGGAUAAGAUGUGUAGCUUCUCGACAUGUAUAUCUUUUCUGGUUAUUUUGCAAUGCCUCCCUCCCCUUCCUUCCUUUUUUUUUGUAUCCAGUUCUCUGAACCAGAACAGUCACUCAAGGAAUUGUUUAUAUUUGAUCUUUUUCAAUUUUUUAGGCAACAACGAACUUGAAAUUGACUACAGUUUUAUUAGAAGUAAACUAAGACUUUGUGUUCUUGAACUGGGUAAUUUUGAGUGGGUUAUUCAAUUAUAGAAAACAUGGUACAAAAAUCUGUCAUUGUCUGAACAUGUGUGGGAAGAAGAUUUUUUUGUCUUUUGCGUUGUGAAUCUAUAUAUUCUCUACAACUUUUCUGAAAGAUCAUUCACAUCCAUGUAUUUUCCAGCAGCACAUGGAUUUUGAGUUGACUAAUAUGCUGAUGCUUUGUCGGAACGGCUCAUGGCCAAUAUUGAGGGGUUGCAUUCCUUGUUUCUAAAAGUCUCAAGAUGAUGAUGCAUAAAGUUUACUGCCAUGCUUGGUAGGCUAUGGGGCAAUAUCUACACCUGAUUCCUGACUGGCUCAUGUCUGGCUGACUUGGCCAUGGGUGUGAGUUUUUGAUUAACUUUUUAAUGCUUGAUCAUAUCUAGCCAUCUUUUUCAUAAUUUUGUUUUCUCCUCUCUAAAUGGGUUUUUUUGAUUGAAAUUUUAAAAUAUAAGGUCAACUUUGAUCAGUUAAUUCUACCAAAUUUCAGGUGGUCAAGGUCCAAGGGUAAGUGAAAGUCCUUUCCUCCUUAAUAAAUGCAGUGAUCUAUACGAGGAUGUUUGUGUGUUCACAGAUAUUUUGGAUUUUCAGGUGUUCUUAUGUUGAAGAAAAUAUCUAACACCAACAAAUUGAUUUUGUUAAUGUGGUCAUUUAUGGUUGUUCGAGUGUAAGUGGCCUUGAUUGAUAAUUAGGUGAAACUAUUAUGCAGAUUGUUGUGGGAGAGUGAUUUUAUUGGAAAUUUUUAGUAGUGUUAUUGAAAUUUAAUGUUUCUGGAUGAUUAAAUCUUUUAAAUGACUUAAUAGUCUUUUUAAUGGGUGAAAGAACUCACUUACCAGAACAGAACCUUUCUGAAAGGAUCGUUAUUUCUUAGAAAGUCCUUCAAGUGCAAAGUUCAACACACAAUAUAAAUGAAGCUGUUUGAUGUGGCAUUUCCUUGCCAAUUGCCUAUAAUGUGGUGCGUAGAUGACAUUUCAAACUUGAAACAAAUCAUAGUUCAGGAAUAUGCAUUCUGUGCUUGCUUUAUAAAUGAAGCGAUGCUUUAUUGCAUCACAUUGCUCUAGAAUUCUAUGACUCAACAAAUUAUUAUAAGUUGCUGUUGAUUUUAUGCUUCCUCUGAUGGAGGUUGGGGUAUUAGCUGGUAGCAACAUUCAUAAUAUGUCCUGACAUGCUAUGUCCAUGUUCAUUUGUAUGACGAACAAGUAUUCAUUGUAGAUGGAUGUUGCCAUGGUUAAGGGAAAUCAUGCCCGUCAUUGCCUCUGGUAAUUCCUUUAAUAUGGCAUGUCUGAAAGUUGAUUAGUAAAGCCAUUACUUAUUCAAGUUCAUGUUUGUUUGCAUGACAAACAAGGAUUCAUUGAAGAUGGAUGUAGCGGUGGUCAAAGGAAAUCAUGCCUUGCCUCCGGUGGUUCCUUUGAUAUGGUGUUUCUGUAAGUUGAUUAGUAAUGCUAUUACCUCUUCAACUUCCGUUUUCUGGAGUCGAGUUUCUAUUUAUGGUUUCCCAUAUUGGCGUCGUGUUGUGGCGUUAAUGGGGAUGCCAAAAGCAAGGUUUUGCAGCCCAUGUGAUGUCAACUUUGGAAGCAGCUCAAUAGAUAUUCAAAAUCUUGAGAAUUAUCAACUUUCAAUUCUUUGUAAAAUCUAAACUGCAAUGCCACUCGCAUGGCUAUAAAUAACCAUGUCAUGAUAUAGAUUGAAUCAUUGGAUAUAUAUAAUCUUAUUUUAUUUGGAAAGUUUAA